AGAAGCUUGCUCUCUCUUUGGCUUCCGUUUCUUGAUCCAUGUGAGUUGCCGGCUACUGUGAUGAACUCGAUCAAAGCUACGAAGAGCCUUCAGGCUUUGAGCCAGCAGGACGAUCUAAUGGAUUUGUCAACCAACUACCCCUUGAGUGCCAGUGAAGAUGAGGGGGACAGUGAUGGAGAAAGAAAGCAUCAAAAGCUUCUGGAAGCAAUUGGUUCCCUUAAUGGACAAAAUAGGUGGAAAUUGUCUGAGAGAUCAGAGGCUGGUCUGAAAGUGUCUGAGUUUAAUGUUAGUUCUGAAGGAUCUGGAGAAAAAUUGGCCCUUUCUGAUCUGCUUGGAUCUCUUAAACCUUCAUCCUCAUUGGCUGCUGUUAAAAAGCAACUGAAUAGAGUCAAAGCAAAGAAGACUCUGGAAUUACCUCUUCACAAAGGAGAGGUUGAACAGAUCCGAAGAGAAGUGGCAUUCAGUAAAGCUUCACAAACCCUUUCCAAAUGGGAUUCUGUUGUUAAGAAGAACCGGGAAGCAGAGCAACUGGUUUUUCCUCUGGAGAAGGAGCAGUCUUCUUUUGCUCCUCUGGAACAUGUGUAUCGUGAGUGGAAGGCAAGAACUCCACUGGAACAGGAAAUUUUUAACCUCCUCCAUAAGAACAAACAGCCAGUGACAGACCCUUUACUGACUCCUGUGGAAAAAGCCUCCCUGAAAGCCAUGAGCCUGGAAGAGGCUAAGAUUCGCAGAGCAGAGCUUCAGAGAGCACGAGCUCUGCAGUCCUACUAUGAAGCCAAGGCUCGAAGAAUGAAGAAAAUCAAAAGUAAAAAAUACCACAAAAUUGUGAAGAAGGGAAAGGCCAAGAAAGCCCUAAAAGACUUUGAGCAGCUGAGGAAGGUUGACCCAGAUGCUGCCUUAGAGGAACUGGAAAAAAUGGAAAAAGCCAGAAUGAUGGAGCGAAUGAGCCUUAAGCAUCAAAACAGUGGGAAAUGGGCCAAGUCAAAGGCCAUUAUGGCAAAAUAUGACCUGGAGGCCCGCCAAGCUAUGCAAGAGCAGUUGGCUAAGAACAAGGAACUGACACAGAAGCCGCAAAUUGUUUCAGAGAGUGAGGAAGAGGGAGGUGCUGAUGAGGAAGAAGCCCUAGUUCCUGACGUAGUGAAUGAAGUACAGAAGACUGCUAAUGGCCCCAAUCCAUGGAUGCUCAGGAGUUGCAAUCAGGAUGCAGAAGCAAAUGAGCUCCAGGCUGUCUCUGAACAGCCACCUGAGCCUUCGGACCAUGAGUUUCCUAACAAUGAAGGAAAUGAAAAGCCAGUGGCAGAGGAAGACGAUUUGUUGAAGGAAUUGGAGAAAAGGAGAUCCCUUAGGAAAAGAUCUGAGCUCAACCAGAAUGCUGAGCCAGUGGGUGACCAAGAAACAAAAGAUUCUACCAGCCAGGAGGUAUUAUCUGAAUUGAGGGCAUUAUCUAAGAAACUCAGUAAGGAAAAGCAUCUAUCCAAGAAGCAAAAAGAGAGUCCAGCAAAGACUGUUGGCCUGGUCCAGGAAGAGGAACCUGCCCCAGAGGAAGAUGAGCCUCUAUUGCUGCAGAGGCCACAGAGAGUACGAACUCUGGAGGAACUAGAAGAGCUAGGUAAAGACGACUGUCUUCCAAAUAAGGAGCUCCCUAGAUCUGCAGUACAAGGGGAGCAGAUGAGAAAGAACCCACAAAAUCAGACUAAGGGGAAGAAGAAGAAGGAGCAACUGAUCAGUCUACAGAACCUCCUGACUACACGAACUCCUUCUGUGACGUCACUGGCAAUUCCAACGACCAUAGAGGAGUCGGAAGAUGAAGUGGGGAGAGACCAAAAGCAAAUGAUAAAGGAAGCUUUUGCUGGGGAUGAUGUCAUCAAAGAGUUCCUAAAAGAGAAGAGAGAAGCUAUCCAGGCCAAUAAGCCAAAGGAUGUGGAUCUGACCUUGCCUGGCUGGGGAGAGUGGGGCGGGAUGGACCUGAAGCCCAGCGCCAAGAAAAGACGCCGGUUUCUUAUUAAAGCCCCUGAAGGUCCUCCAAGAAAAGAUAGGAAUUUGCCCAAUGUGAUUAUCAAUGAGAAGCGUAACAUCCAUGCUGCAGCUCACCAGGUGCGGGUGCUUCCGUAUCCAUUCACCCACCAUGAGCAAUUUGAAAGGACCAUCCAGAAUCCUAUAGGGUCCACAUGGAAUACCCAGAGAGCAUUCCAAAAGCUGACCGCUCCCAAGGUUGUUACCAAGGCAGGCCAUAUUAUCAAGCCCAUAACAGCAGAGGAUGUGGGUUACCGAUCUUCCCCAAGGUCUGACCUGUCUGUCAUGCAGAGCAAUCCAAAACGACACUCCAAACAUCAAAAACAACUGAAGAAAAGCUCUGUAGGUUGAAAUAUCUGACUGUUCCUCUGUUCGGUCUGUGCUGCAAAGUGAAUUCCUAAACUGGCUUAAUAACACUGUGUGUGUAGUUAAGCCAUAUCUGAGAAAUAAAGGCAUUUUUUUUACCCUUA